GCAAUCUAUAGGUUUCUCUUUAGAGAGAAAGGAAACUAUUAGCUGAAAGAGAAAGCAGAAUAAUGGCGUCGUCAAGAGGAGCAGGAAGUCAGCAAGUGAUUAGAAUGGCGGACUUGGAGAAGAUGAGCUUGGAUCAGCUCAAAGCAGUGAAAGAACAAGCUGCUAUCGAAGUCAAUCUCUUACAAGACAGCCUUAACAACAUCCGCACCGCCACCGGCCGCCUUGAGAACGCCUCUGCCGCUCUCCACGACCUUUCCCUCCGCCCCCAAGAAAAGAAAAUGUUGGUUCCUCUCAUUGCUUCGCUCUAUGUUCCCGGCACACUCGACGAGGCUGACAAGGUUCUUGUUGAUAUCGGCACCGGAUACUUCGUUGAGAAAACUAUGGCUGAAGGCAAAGAUUAUUGCGAGCGUAAGAUCAACUUACUGAAAUCCAAUUUUGACCAACUUAUUGAGGUUGCAUCCAAUAAGAAAACAUUAGCUGAUGAAGCUGGAUUAGUUUUACAAGCAAAAAUGAAGAAGUUAUCUCCUUCCAGUUAGGCAUUGCGUGACCUUGGAAGCAUCUUAUUAUCAUUAAGAUCUGAAGAUGUUGCGAACCGGA